AUGGAGAAAGAGCCCCAGAUCACCGAUUUGGGAGAGAGUACCGUACGAUCCUACAGUCGCAUCGUAUCGGACAGAGAGCGCCGUAACCCUAUCUUUUGUGUUCCCUCUGCCGCGCACGGGAAAUUGGUACGUGUGGAGGAUGACAAGCAAGAUGCUGCUGCUGCUGCUGCUGCUGCUGCUGUCUCUCCUGUUACUGUACUAUUAGCAAGACAGGUCCCUUUCUCUCCUGACGGUCCACAUCGGAGUGGGCACUGA